AUGUCCGUACCCGGCGAAGAAAAAGAGACAAAGGGUAUCAGGAAAGUCAUAAACUUGUAUGUUGCUCAAUGGUGUUCCUUCGAUAACAUCCCAUUGCUCGUGAAGGCCUCUGAUAUACUCCCUAGCCAGCCUUGCCGGGCACCCAGCAUCCAAGGCCAUGGUGAUGUGUAG